CGGAAGCAGCGCCCAGCUGGGACCCGUAGGGAGAGGCGGGGAGCGCGCGGCGGCGGCCGUUGUGGCUCUGGAAGUGGUGGCGACAGUGGCGAGGCUACGCAGCCGGGGCGACGGGUCUGGUGCCGCAGCGGCUCGUUCAGGCCGUGCGUCGUCGCUGCAGACGCGGGCAGAGGAGGGAACAACGACUCAGCGGGAGCACUUGGCAGAGGAGGGGAAGGGAUUCAGAAGACACCCCGCGUCUCCCUUAUCGAAUUUCUCUUGGUUCUUGUCAGUUGAUUCGUAGCCUGAAAUGCAUGGUCAUGGAGGCUAUGACUCUGAUUUUAGUGAUGAUGAACACUAUGGAGAAUCUAGCAAAAGGAAAAAAAAGACAGUUGAAGAUGAUUUACUGCUCAAAAAGCCAUUUCAGAAGGAAAAACAUGGAAAGGUGGUCCAUAAACAAGUUGCAGCAGAAUUGCUGGAUAGAGAAGAAGCAAGAAAUAGAAGGUUUCAUCUCAUAGCUAUGGAUGCUUAUCAAAGGCAUACAAAGUUUGUAAAUGACUAUAUUUUAUACUAUGGUGGCAAAAAAGAAGACUUCAGGCGAUUGGGGGAAAAUGACAAGAUAGACAUGGACGUUAUACGAGAAAAUCACAGAUUCCUAUGGAAUGAGGAGGAUGAAAUGGACAUGAAUUGGGAGAAGAGACUUGCAAAGAAAUACUAUGAUAAAUUAUUCAAGGAAUACUGCGUAGCAGAUCUCACCAGAUACAAAGAAAAUAAGUUUGGAUUUAGGUGGCGAGUAGAAAAAGAAGUAAUUUCAGGGAAAGGCCAGUUUUGCUGUGGAAAUAAAUGUUGUGAUAAAAAAGAAGGCCUAAAGAGUUGGGAAGUUAAUUUUGGUUAUAUUGAGCAUGGUGAAAAGAGAAAUGCGCUUGUUAAAUUAAGAUUAUGCCAAGAAUGUUCCUUUAAAUUAAAUUUUCAUCACAGGAGAAAAGAAGUCAAGUCAAAAAACAGAAAGGAUAAAGCCAGAAAAGAUUGUGAAGAGCCAUCACAUAAAAAAUCCAGAUUAUCUUCUGUAGAAGAGUCCUCUAAGAAAAAGGAUAAAGGAAGCGCUGAUGAGGAAGGAAGUACUUCAGAAUCUGAACUUUGGAAGGGCCCACUACCAGAGACAGAUGAAAAAUCACAGGAAGAAGAAUUUGAUGAAUAUUUUCAAGGUUUAUUUCUGUGAGAUGGAAGAGGGAUGCCUACAUUCCUUAACGUGAAAGUAUACUUUGAAACUCUUCACAAAAUUUUGUCUACAAGUUGCAACUUGAGUGGUUUGUCUUUGGAAAUAAAAACACAGCUACUCUCAGGA